AUGGUUGUUAAUCACUUCUUGAGAGUGGUCGGUGUGAGGUUGGGCUACAACUACAGAGAGGUACCCAUCCAUGACAUCUCCGUGGCCCUUCAUAUCCUUCCUUUGGAGUCCAGACGUGAGAUCCAGGACAUCUUGCUCAUCUACAAACUGGUCAAUGGCUUCAUCGACUGUCCCGGACUUCUCAAACUUCCGAACUUUAGGGCGGGUAGAUCUUCAAGAUCCAGGGACCUCUUCUCUCGUGAGCACCUCAGCACCAACUAUCAUCUCUACAGCCCAUUGCCCAGAGCCCAACGUCUCAUCAAUGCUCUAUCUGAUGACAUUGACCUUUUUAGUAUGUCGCUUGCUUCCUUCAAGAAAAGUGUGGUGUCUUCAAAACCGCCCUACCUCAAGGCACGUGCCAUCCCGAGACCACCCUACCUCAAGGCACGUGCCAUCCCGAGACCACGCUACCUCAAGGCACGUGUCAUCCCUAGACCACCCUACCUCAAGGCACGUGCCAUCCCGAGACCACCCUACCUCAAGGCACGUGUCAUCCCGAGACCGCCCUACCUCAAGGCACGUGCCAUCCCGAGACCGCGCUACCUCAAGGCACGUGUCAUCCCGAGACCGCCCUACCUCAAGGCACGUGUCAUCCCGAGACCGCGCUACCUCAAGGCACGUGUCAUCCCGAGACCACCCUACCUCAAGGCACGUGUCAUCCCGAGACCGCCCUACCUCAAGGCACGUGCCAUCCCGAGACCGUGCUACCUCAAGGCACGUGUCAUCCCGAGACCACCCUACCUCAAGGCACGUGCCAUCCCGAGACCGCCCUACCUCAAGGCACGUGCCAUCCCGAGACCACCCUACCUCAAGGCACGGGCCAUCCCGAGACCACCCUACCUCAAGGCACAUGCCUUCCCGAGACCGCGCUACCUCAAGGCACGUGUCAUCCCGAGACCACCCUACCUCAAGGCACGUGCCAUCCCGAGACCGCCCUACCUCAAGGCACGUGCCAUCCCGAGACCACCCUACCUCAAGGUUCGGGCCAUCCCGAGACCACCCUACCUCAAGGCACAUGCCAUCCCGAGACCACCCUACCUCAAGGUUCGGGCCAUCCCGAGACCGCGCUACCUCAAGGCACGUGCCAUCCCGAGACCACCUUACCUCAAGGCACGUGCCAUCCCGAGACCGUCCUACCUCAAGGCACGUGCCAUCCCGAGACCGCCCUACCUCAAGGCACGUGCCAUCCCGAGACCGCCCUACCUCAAGGCACAUGCCAUCCCGAGACCACCCUACCUCAAGGCACAUGCCAUCCCGAGACCACCCUACCUCAAGGCACAUGCCAUCCCGAGACCACCCUACCUCAAGGCACGUGCCAUCCCGAGACCGCCCUACCUCAAGGCACAUGCUAUCCCUAGACCGCCCUACCUCAAGGCACGUGCCAUCCCGAUACCACCCUACCUUAAGGCUUGUGCCAUCCCGAGACCGCCCUACCUCAAGGCACAUGCUAUCCCUAGACCGCCCUACCUCAAGGCACAUGCCAUCCCGAGACCACCCUACCUCAAGGCACAUGCCAUCCCGAGACCACCCUACCUCAAGGCACGUGCCAUCCCGAGACCGCCCUACCUCAAGGCACGUGCCAUCCCGAGACCGCCCUACCUCAAGGCACAUGCUAUCCCUAGACCGCCCUACCUCAAGGCACGUGCCAUCCCGAGACCGCCCUACCUCAAGGCACAUGCUAUCCCUAGACCGCCCUACCUCAAGGCACAUGCCAUCCCGAGACCACCCUACCUCAAGGCACAUGCCAUCCCGAGACCACCCUACCUCAAGGCACAUGCCAUCCCGAGACCACCCUACCUCAAGGCACGUGCCAUCCCGAGACCGCCCUACCUCAAGGCACAUGCUAUCCCUAGACCGCCCUACCUCAAGGCACGUGCCAUCCCGAUACCACCCUACCUUAAGGCUUGUGCCAUCCCGAGACCGCCCUACCUCAAGGCACAUGCUAUCCCUAGACCGCCCUACCUCAAGGCACAUGCUAUCCCUAGACCGCCCUACCUCAAGGCACAUGCUAUCCCUAGACCGCCCUACCUCAAGGCACGUGCCAUCCCGAUACCACCCUACCUUAAGGCUUGUGCCAUCCCGAGACCGCUCUACCUCAAGGCACAUGCUAUCCCUAGACCGCCCUACCUCAAGGCACAUGCCAUCCCGAGACCACCAUACCUCAAGGCACGUGCCAUCCCGUAUUGUCUUUAUUUUCAAACAAUUUACCAUUAG